CCAGGACAACAAGUAACAGUGCGAAUUUUGAAAGUUUUUCGUGCUUUCAUUGUACAAAUGUAGCGUGUCAGCCUAAUUCUCCUUUCUUUGCAAGAUGAGUCGUCUUUACGACACAAUAGAACCCUCUGUGAUCGAUGAGCAGAUGCUCAAAAAUGCCGUGGAGGAACAAGGACCCAAAGGAGAAGCUGGAAGGAUAGCAAAACAAGAAGGCAUUGAUUUUGCAGAUGUGAUUUCUUUGAGACUCGACUUCAAAAAUAUUCUAAAAAUUGACAACUUGUGGAGCUUAGUCAACCUAACCAAGUUGCAAAUGGACAACAACAUAAUUGAAAGGAUAGAGGGCCUGGAUAUGCUUGUUAACUUGGAGUGGUUAGAUCUUUCAUUUAACAAUAUUGAAGUCAUUGAGGGACUUGAUAAACUAACCAAAUUGAAGGAUCUCACACUCUACAAUAACAGGAUAUCAAAGAUUGAACACAUGGAAUCUCUCACUCAGCUUCAUGUGUUUUCUAUUGGGAAUAAUAGUCUUAAACAGCUGGAUAAUGUUGUUUAUCUCAGACAAUUUAAAUCCUUGAGAACUUUAAACCUGAGUGGAAAUCCCUUUUCUGAGGAAGCAAAUUACAAAGAAUAUGUGAUCGCACAUCUGCCAGAUCUUGUUUACUUGGACUUCCGUUUGAUUGAUGAGUCAGCUCGUGAAGCUGCUACAGAAAGGUACAAGUAUUCCAUAGAGGAGCUGGUCCAUGACGAGACCAUAGCGAGGAGAAAACAAGAAGAACUGGAGCAGAAACUGCAGGAGAGGCAGCUGCAUAAGUUGGCCUAUGUGGAGGAUCUCAAUGGACCAUGGCUGUUUGAUAGCAUGUACACUGAUGAUCCUGAAGCUGAGAAGUUGGCAGCUCUUCCAGGAAUGGAAGAACUUCUUGCAGCAUACAAAGAGAAGUUUACAGCUGUUUGUCAAGAGAUAUAUGAGUUUGGUUUGAAAGAGCAUGAGAAAAGAGAGGCAGAAAUUGCUUCAUUCUUCUCCUGUUUGGAGGAAGCAACACAAGACAACAACAAUGCUGGUGUUAAACACAUCCACAACUAUAUUGAAUACAAGAAAAAGGUAUUUGUGGACUACACCAGCAUGACAGACCAACGUCUCCUGGAAAGCUUGAUGAAGGAAGUAACAGAAGAAAUCAGAAAACUAUGGGACACUCUAAUGGGAUUGGAAAUGGAGUUAGUGGACCAGUUAGAGGACACACAUAAAGAUUUUGAACGGAACAUGGCAGACCUUGUGACCGCAUUUGUUGAGCAAGUGCAAGGAUUAAUGACGCAGUUGCGUGACCUGGAAAACGCGCAUUACGAAAAAGUGUCAGACAUUGCUGUUGUCACGCUCGAAAAGCUUAUGAAGAACGAACUGGAAGAAGAUCUUCCAGAUGACUUGAGAAUGCUAUUUGUUGAUAAGGACACCAUAAUGAAUGCAGUCAGUGCCUCUCACGACACUCAUCUUCUGAAGAUUGACAACAAGGAGGACGAUGUAUUGACCCGCGCCACCACCAGAAUGCAGUCACUCAACGAAAAGAUCCACAAUGACGAGGUAGUAAGAAAUCGCAACAGAGUCGCGGAAAUCAACAACCUAGUGGAUCACUUUAGAGACGAGGCUGAAAGUUAUGAAGUGUCUGGGCCCAUGUAGCGCAUUACACUCUUCUAGUGUGAACACCAACAACUGGCGUAAUUACGCGCGUUUAACUGUCAACUGUGGUGUAAACGAUACUUGCGAUGCGCAUUUGUGGGUAGCUGUUACGAAUACUAUUCACCUAUUUUUAGCGAUGAAGAUGAGUUUUUAACUUUUGGUUGCGCCCAGUUAUUCAUGCCUGUGUAAAAAACUUAUCAUAAAUUUACUCAGAAUGUCAAUAGUCCAGCUUGCAGUUACAAACACUGACGUGAAAUUCUCUAGCGAUUUUAAUUUCUGAUUAAUUGGUCAGCCACGAGGUAACGUAACACAAAACAUCUCUAGAGGUAUAUAAAUUGGUCUAAAUAUGUCCCGUUGGCUUCAAACAUGAUUUGGCGCAACGUAUGAGCGGUAUCGCCUUGGGCUUCUGUUGUUUGUCAGCUAAACCCCGCCCACACCAUGUUUACCAACCCAUGCAACAGAUCUGUCCAUUCUGUGACUGUUAGGGGAUGAAUUUACUCCUCUUUCAUGAAGAUCAGAUAAAAAGCUGAACAAAGUACAAAAGGUUUCUUGUUAAGGGUAGCAUUGUUAUACAACCAAGCAAGAACUGAAGCGUAGCAUCUUUUCCAGGAGAGCAUGUGCUCAGUCGCCUGAGAAUUUCAUGCAGAAAUUUCUUGCACAGAAGCAAGUGUAAAUGUGUAAAGUAUACAAUUCAAGGAGUGUUGCAUAAAUUCUCGCAAAGUAAACAUCAUUACACAACACAGAGUUUUUCAACGUGUAAAUAUGUACUUAUGUAAUUGAAAGUUGUCAAUUUUCAUUUUGCA